GCGCCCUGCGCCGCCGCCGGGAAGGUCGCAGCGGUGACCGGCACAGCACCCGCCGCCGCCAUGUUGUCCGUGGCCGCCCGCUCCGGGCCCUUCGCGCCCUACCUGUCGGCCGCGGCGCACGCCGUGCCCGGGCCGCUGAAGCCGCUGGCGCCGGCGGUGGCGCGACGGGCCGAGAAGGUGCCGCUGGACCUGAAACGGCCUCUGCUCUGCCGGGAGUCGAUGAGCGGCCGGUCGGCUCGGGGAGGCCUCGUCGCCGGCGUCAGCCUCAACGCACCUGCCAGCAUUCGUUGUGUCCAUAAUGAUGUUGCAGUGCCCGACUUCUCUGCCUAUCGUCGUCAAGAUGUGCUCGACACCACUGUGUCUUCUCAAAGGAGCAGUGAAGCUAGAAAAGGGUUUUCCUACCUGCUGGCUGCCACGACAGGCGUAGCAACUGCAUAUACUGCUAAGAAUGUUGUCACCCAGUUUAUUUCCAGCCUGAGCGCCUCUGCCGAUGUGCUGGCGUUGUCAAAGAUUGAGAUCAAGUUAUCUGACAUUCCAGAAGGCAAGAACAUGGCUUUCAAGUGGAGAGGGAAGCCCCUUUUUGUGCGUCAUAGAACCCAGGCAGAGAUUGAUCAGGAAGCUGAAGUUGAUGUGUCUAAACUGAGGGAUCCACAGCAUGACUUAGACAGAGUAAAGAAACCAGAAUGGGUCAUACUGGUAGGUGUGUGCACUCACCUUGGUUGUGUGCCCAUUGCCAACUCUGGAGAUUUUGGCGGUUAUUACUGCCCUUGCCACGGGUCCCAUUACGAUGCCUCUGGCAGAAUCAGGAAAGGUCCUGCUCCCUAUAACCUUGAGGUUCCAACCUACCAGUUUCUUAGUGAUGAUCUCGUGGUUGUUGGCUGAAUAAUGAGAUGCUUGCUCAUGUGCCUGUUCCUAUGAGUGUGCUCGCAAAGGGUUAACUGAUUCUGGAAUUACAUAAAACCAGAUCAGCCUAAAAACAUAGUAACUGUCUCGAUUCUCAACCAGAAGUAUGUUUGAGUACUUCCUGUGUUCAGUUUUAAUAAAAAUCAGAGUGAGCACUUGUUCUGACUUAA